GUUUGUCGGAAUUGGAAGCUGAUAUUUGACAGCUGUCACUGCUUCCUUCUUUGUGUUUGGACCGUUAAAUACUUUUAUUUUUUGUUUAUGUGUGGUUAAAUUUGAGUGAUUACAGCGCUUGUUUAUUGCAGCAUAAACCAUGUCUCGGUACCGCAAAUGCGCAGUUAGAGGCUGUCAGGACAGUGUUUCAGUACGACAUAGAUUUCCAAACCCGACGAAAUUUAUGUAUGUUUUUGUGCAAUGGGUGGAUUGUAUUGACUUCACACUGGAAGACAUUAUGGUAACAACAGAUUUAGGAAGGAUGCUGUGCCAUCACUAAAUCUUCCUGAUCAACAAAUAUCCAACGCAACUGAUGAAAUUCUUGCACAGUAACUGUAUGAAACAUUAUAAAAUUGAUCAUGUAAUUUUUUUUUUUUUUGAUAGUGUAAAUUGUGUGGUUACAGGAAAACCAUCAACUUCCGCAUCAUAUCAACAGUUGGGAGAAGUUUGCUCAGUUACAACUUCACAACCAGGAAAUCUUGAUGUAACUACAGUAGAACCCAUUGAGGAGCAUUAUUUAGAAGCAAAAUAG